GAUUUUGUGGACAGUUCGGUAGAUUCACUCCCCCUAUGCAGCUCUGCAUAUGAAGCCGAAAACUCGGGUAGGUACAGUAAAGUUGUUAAAAAUCUCUCCCGUUUUGAUUUUACUCCACACAUAGACACACUGUGUUCAAAAUUUCUUGAAGGAACUCGUAAAUGGGUAUUGGAACAAAUCCGUGCUUGGUUUAAUGACACCUCGUGUGAAAAUCGUGUGUUUAUAAUCAGGGGUGAACCAGGGAUGGGGAAGUCCGUCAUUGCAGCUGUAGUCUCUCACGAAAUGGCUGCCCAGCUUGCUGCCUCUCACUACUUUCAGUAUGAUAACACUAGAUAUAACAAUACGUGUCUAUUUCUUCAAUCUUUAGCGCUACAGAUGUGCGGCGUGAUACCAGGUUUUAAACAAGCACUGACAAACCAGGUUUUUGAAAACUUUCGCUACGAUUUUAACGAAAAGAGUGCGGAGAAUUUAUUCACAUUACUCUUUGCACACACGUUCUCAGAAAUGAGUGAUCCUGGUAGUGGAAUCUUCCUUAUCGUUAUUGAUGGUAUUCAUGACAUAGAAAGUAGUUCACAGAAAGAGUUUGUAGAUUUAAUUUCUAAUCAUUUUCACAAACUUCCUAACUUUAUACGUUUUCUUAUUACCACAAGCUCAGAGGAAAAAAUUGAAAAUCUAAAUCCAUUGUAUCUUGAAAUUGAUGAAGAAAUGAAUAGAAAAGAUUUGAAAAUUUUCAUAAAAAGUCAACUACCACAAUCUAUACUCGAUAGAGAAUUAGUUGUACCACAAUUAGUCGAGCUUUCAGGGGACCUGAUGUUAAACGCACGAUUUCUUUGCGAAAUCAUUCUUUCUCAAUGCGAAUCCGAAAAAUAUGUCUUACCCAAAACGUCUGAAAAGGUUUUCCAACAGUAUUUUACAAUGCUAGAAAAUAAAUGGGAAAAUAUUACAAAUUUUAGUAGAGAGACCUUUGUUUCCCUUCUAAGCGUCUUGCUAGUUGCCAGAGAGCCAUUACCUAUUGCUUUUCUUGAAACCGCUGUUCUCGAUAAAUUUGAUGUCCCACCAUGCAACUUGAAUUCGAUCUUGUUAAAAGCAUUAAGUUACAUAUCGUCACUGUUUAUUAUGAAUGAAGAUCACAUUUGUUUCAUCCAUAAGUCGGUUAAAGAUUGGCUUGUUCAUCAUUAUAAUGUAGAUUCUCAAUAUGGUCAUAAAAUUCUUGCAAAGGUUUGCGUUGAAUACCUUGACAAUGUUAAGAAUUUCAGAAUUAAGACGAGAACUUUGUUUAGCACCGCCAAGGUAGAUUUUGCAUUACGACAUUGUAUUUAUCAUAUGCUUCAAGAACGGGAUAAGUAUAUCAACUUUGUUACUACUUAUGCGGUUGACUUGUAUGUUUUGUAUGCCAGUAUUUGUGUUAACAUCGACACCGCCAUUGAGAAUUUUGAUAUUAUUAUAAAUCAUGAAGAAUACGAAAGCUUGUGUGAUCAAACUAAGGAGAAUCUUAAUCAACUGUUGCAAUUAUUGCUUACGUUUCAAUUUGUUUUGAGAAAACGUCCGCACUCAUUCUUCCAACUUGUAAUAAAUGAAACCACCCACGAUCUUUCUUCUAACGCAUCAGAAUUCCUGAAAUCUUUCAAAAAGUUCCAAUAUUUUGAGGUGGUAAGACAUGGGCCGGAAACGAUUCAGGAAUACUUUGAAUGUAGUGCAUUUCCGUACACUAGUAUUGACGUUUCUUAUCAAACUAAUAACGUUGUUCUUUGCUUGAAGGUAAGUGAUCAAAUAUAUGUCAUCCAACUGGUUUCGACAAAUCCUUUUAAAAUCCUGUGGACGACAGAAGAACUUAGCAAUGACCAGAUUUGCAGUUCUUGUAUUACUUUUCUUCCUUCUACGGACGUUAUAUUACCGGGUCACUUGAUCAGGUUCUAUCGUUGACUGAUGGGUCUUGGCAACAAGGACCAUUUUCCUGUGAUGGAAAAUGCUUUUUUACUAAUUGUUGUUUUUCUCCAGAUUACACUAUGAUGGUCACAACGUGUGUUGACAGUAGUUUACUUGUCUGGGAUUUGGUAAACGCAGUCAAAGUGAAAAAUAUUGAAUGUCCAAGUGUUCCUAAUUCAUUUUCGUUUUCUGCUAGUGGUAAUUUCCUUGCUGCCGUAGGUACUUCUUCCAUUUUGGUGCACGAUGUAGAGAAUGAUUUCAUGAUUAAAGAGACAGUCUCGUUACAGACAUUAAGAUUCCGUGACCAUGCCAAAUUAAUCUGUACCUUCAGGUCAGAUGCAUGGCUGCUUGAGACAGAUAAUUCGGACAUUUAUGUAAUAUGUUCGGACGGCUCAACCUCUCGCGGACAUCCAUUAGUAAAUCUGAAAGAGUUAUAUUUGCCGCAUAAUUCGAAAGCCUUAACAGACUGCAAUGGAGUCUCUAAUUUUGGUUACAAAACGUCCUGGAUUACUGAAGCUCGAAAAAGUUACGUUAAAAAGGAGGGUGGGAAUAUCGCUUUAGAUCGCUGUACGUUUAUCCCACUUGAUGACAACAAUGCUUUGGCCAUCUCAAAUUCGAAUGAAGAAUCCCAAUCUACGUGUUUGCUGCGAGUUGAUUUGUCAAAGUUUAAAAAUGUUAAAAGUUAUAUUUCACGUGAUAGUACCAUUAUCUAUCAGCACGAUCCAAACUCGCAGAAAUUUAGCAUUUUGAGGUUUUUGAAUGGAGAAUGGCAAUUUUCAGAAAAAUUUGUGAAACCAGUGAUUGCAUUUGCUGUUGUUUUAAGUGGCGUUUUCUUAGUAACAAGCAGCACAGAGUUAGAAUUUUGGAAUACUGAUUGUUCCAAUUGUCUUAAGAGCUUUCCGCAAGCAAGUAAGAUAAACCGAUGUGAAACGGUGUCGAAGCACACCAUAGCUUGUAUUACAGAAUGUGAGGUUAAUUUUAUUGAUAGCCGAAAUGAAGAAGUAGUAUCAACUACGUCACUUUCCCCAAACGAGGAUGUGUUCGCGUGCAGUAGUAAGUAUGACGUUGUAGUUAUCGAACUACAUUCUUGGCCUACAGUGGUAUUUCUUGUAAGAAAUAACGAAAGGGUAGGUACAUUUGAUGUAUAUUUUGACAUGUACAAAGCAGUAUACUCGCCUGAUGCGAGAAUGUUAGUUGUUGCAAGUGUUGGUGGGGAUAUAAGUAUCCUUGACAUUGAUAACCUUAAAUAUUUUUCAUGGAUGAGUAGUUUCUCGUUAAUAUUGUCCGAUGGUAUUCAUUUUGUCAACGAUAUGUAUUUUGUAUAUGGAGAACGUAUAAAGAAACGGUAUUUGCUUUAUUUGUGUGAUGAUUGUAAAAUUGUGUCAUGUUUUUCCUUUAAAGACGAGCCUAAAGCAAUAUCAAUGAAUCCUGAAAUUCAAACUCUUGUCGUCAGCUUUCAGGCUUCCCGCUUUACAGAGUUCAAAAUUCAUUUGCCAGAAUGGAAACGGUAA